UGUUUGUUUUGUCUGUUCUGUUUUGACAAGUGAAGCUUCAGAGGUUAGAAUGCUAGAUUUGCUUUUACAAUAGUUUUACAAAGUUUAAUUAAAUUUACGAAAUAAUAUCACGCGUAAGAAAUUAUUUUAAUCAGCCGAAAUGGAUCCAGCAUUGUUGAGGGAGAGAGAGUUGUUCAAGAAAAGGGCGCUAGCUACACCAACUGUCGAAAAGAAAAGAAAAGAUCCGGAAAAAGAAACUGCAAAAGAUGAAGCAAAAAAGAAAUCGAAGCCACCCCCCACUCCGUCAUCCGCUCCUUCUAUCAACUACAAAACAAUGUCUGGAAGUUCGCAAUACAAAUUUGGUAUCCUUGCCAAGAUUGUUAAGCAUAUGAAAACACGACAUCAGGACGGAGAUGAUCAUCCUCUAACACUUGAUGAAAUAUUAGACGAAACUAAUCAGUUGGAUAUUGGUACUAAAGUUAAACAGUGGCUGUUAACAGAAGCUCUUGUGGGAAAUCCCAAAAUAGAAGUUAACAUCGAAGGAAAGUUCCUAUUCAAAGCAGCUUACAAGAUAAGAGACAAGAAGCAGCUUCUCAAGUUGCUCAAGCAGCAGGACUUGAAAGGAUUGGGAGGAAUACUCCUAGAAGAUGUGCAGGAGUCUCUACCUCACUGCGAAAAAGCUUUAAAGGCAUUAGCUAAUGAGAUAGUUUACAUUGUACGACCAAUCGAUAAGAAAAAGAUAAUGUUCUAUAAUUUCAACACCAAAUCUUCAAUCUGAAACUAUGAAUCAGAAUAAAACAAAGAAUUUCAAAUUUAGAUAAAUUGAUAAUGAAACUUCC